UCUGCAUGCAGCGUCUCUCUGUGGGUCCCAUCUGACAGAGGAAGCCUUCUGAGACCAGGACUGGUCUGCUGUAGUCUUCCCAGCAUUCUCUUGGAUCAGUUCGUCUUGGCUUGGGAUUUAAUUGGUGUUGCUUAGUUCAGACUGUUUUAGCAUUCGUCUGGGCCGAAUGUGGAUUUGGGCUGGUUCCGAGAGGUCAGGCCGAGUCGAGACUGGUUGAGACUGGUUUAGGUACCAGUUUAAAUGUCUCUGCACGAGUUUCUUCGGGAGGGCCAGGACGCCCCACAGCGGAUGCUGUCCCGUCUGACCCAGCUCCUCUACAACCUAUCGGCUACAGUCUUACAGGGAGUCCCCUUCUCUCCUUUCACAACCUUCAGCCGCAAGAGCUCCUGGAGGGACUGGAACGAUGAGAUUAUGCAGCAGGAGAGCAGUCCUCUGUGUGCCGCGGACAUCAGCCCAGACCUCAGGAAACAGUUUGCCUUCCUGUCAGGUGGCCGAGGACAGAAUGGCAGCCCCAUCAUUAUUUUCCCAGAGUACCCGGCAUUUGGUGAGCUGGAGGAGCAGGAGUUUCACAAUGUGCUGACAUACCUGACCAGCAUUCCCAGUCUCAGCUCGACGGGGGUCGGCUUCAUCCUGGUCAUUGACCGCCGGCAAGACAGAUGGGCAUCAGUGAAGGGGACACUGCUGCGGAUCGCGGGCUCUUUCCCAGGCAACCUGCAGCUGGUGCUGGUACUGAGACCCACAACACUCUUCCAGCGGGCAAUCUCAGACAUCUUUUUUAAGUUCAACAAGGAUGAGUUUAAAAUGAAGGUGCCGGUGAUCAUGCUCAGCUCUGUGACUGAGCUCCACAGUUACAUCGACCGCACACAGCUCACACAGGAACUGGGCGGCACGCAGGAGUACUGCCACGAGAAAUGGAUUUCACACCGCACCGCCAUUGAAGGUUUUGCUCUGAUGGUGAAGAAAACAGCACAGACUCUCCAGUCUUUCGGGACAGAGCUGGCAGAGACAGAACUGCCUAAUGAUGUUGAGGCCACGUCCAACCUUCUAACCAUCCACACAGAGAAAAAGGACAAAAUGAAGGAGGACUUGAGGAUCGCUCUCUGUCAGGGAGGACGUUUGCUGGACAGCAUCAAUGAGCCGCUGGUGAAAGAUCCAGAAUACACCAUGAACCAUGAUGAACUGGAGAACCUGGCUACUGUUCAGAGGUUGCUUGGUCAGUUAGAUGAGACGGAAACAGCAUUUGAUGAUUUUUGGGAUAAACAUCAGACCAAGCUAGAGCAAUGUUUGCAACUGCGGCAUUUUGAGCAGGACUUCAGGGAGGUUAGAGCUCAUUUAGAUCUGGUGUAUGACAGACUAUCAGGCUUCUCAGAUGUAGGAAUAAGCCCUGCCCACGCUGAACAUAUCCUGAAAGAGCUGACCAAUCAUGAAGAGAGAGCUUGUGAGGUGUUGGACCGGGCUCUGUCUCUAGCAUGUGAUGCAGAUCAGCUGAUUGAAGCGUCUCAUUACGCUGUGGACUCCAUCCUGCCCAAAUGCUCUGAGCUGCGGGCUGUGUGUGAGGAGAUCAGCUCUGUCCUGAAGGCCAAGAAAGCUCAUCUUCUCAAAGCCAUGGAGCUACACCAGUGUCUAGAGAAGGCCACUAAAUGGUAUGAUGAUGGGAUCUACCUGCUGGCGUCUCAGCCUGUGGAUAAGUGUCAAUCACAGGAUGGGGCGGAGUCAGCACUGCAGGAGAUUGAGCGUUACCUGGAUACAGCCAGUCAGCACAAGCUGACAGAUUUGAGUGCAAUUUGGAGGGACUAUGAGUCAGUUCUCACUCAAGAAUUCAGGGAUCAGGUGGACAAAGUGUUUCAGAAGCAGCUGUCCAUGCAGGAAAUGUUUGAGAAGAGGAGGGUCAGUCUUAAGAAGUUAGCAGCCAAACAGACACGACCCGUGCAGCCCGUCGCCCCACGUCCUGAGGCCAUCAUCAAAACACCCGUCUCGUCUCCAGCUCAUAGGGAGAAGACUAUAGAGGGUGAUAUCAUCAAUGGAAACUGCAGAAAAGGUGAGAUGCACUUACAGAACGACGGCAGCAGACACCCGUCUGUCUCUGAUGAAGAGGAGAACUUUGCAGUGCUUAGACGGCAUGUGAUGAACGAGCUGUUGGAGACGGAGAGAGCGUAUGUGGAGGAGCUGCUGUGUGUGCUGGAGGGUUAUGCAGCAGAAAUGGACAAUCCUGCCAUGUCUAAUCUCAUCCCCAAUACGCUGCUUCACAAGAAGGACAUCCUCUUUGGCAACAUGCCUGAGAUAUACCAGUUCCACAAGAAGACUUUUCUUCGUGAACUGGAGACGUACACAGACUAUCCUGAGCUCGUGGGCCGGUGUUUCUUGGAGAGAAUGACGGAUCUGCAGAUAUAUGAGAAGUACUGUCAGAACAAGCCUCGCUCCGAGUCUCUGUGGAGACAGUGCUCUGACUGCACUUUCUUCCAGGAGUGUCAGAAGAAACUGGAGCAUAAGCUUGGUUUGGACUCAUACCUGCUCAAGCCUGUGCAGAGAAUAACCAAAUACCAGCUUUUACUAAAGGAAAUGUUGAAGUACAGUAAAGGCUGUGAUGGUGAAGAUGACCUGCAGGAGGCGCUCUCAUCUAUUCUAGGCAUCCUGAAAGCUGUGAAUGACUCCAUGCACCUUAUCGCCAUCACUGGAUAUGAGGGCAACCUCAGUGAUCUGGGCCGCUUGAUGAUGCAAGGGUCGUUCAGCGUGUGGACGGAGCAUAAGAAGGGUCACGCGAAGGUGAAAGACCUGGCGCGCUUCAAGCCCAUGCAGAGACACCUGUUCCUGCACGAGAAAGCUCUGCUCUUCUGUAAGAAACGAGAGGAGAAUGGAGAAGGUUAUGAGAAAGCCCCGUCAUACAGCUUCAAACACUCACUCAACAUGAGUGCUGUUGGGAUUACUGAAAAUGCAAAAGGAGACAACAAAAAGUUUGAGAUCUGGUGUAAUUCUCGAGAGGAGGUGUAUAUUGUACAGGCGCCGACACCAGAAAUCAAAACGGCGUGGGUGAACGAGAUCCGGAAGGUUCUAACUGGGCAACUAAAGGCCUGCAGAGAGGCGAGGCAACAGAAAGGCUCAGAUCAGAUCUCUCCGAUAACUCCCAGCAGCAGUCUAACCCUGAGCCCCUUCAAGACCAACCCAAAGACCCUCAAGAAGGGAGAAGAGAAGAAAACUGAACCAGCAGCAGAUCCCAGCACAGCUGCCUUACUCAAAAAUAAUGACAAGGUCAAAGACGAGACUGUCACCAGUCCCAACACUGAGAGAGCUGCAGUGGCUAAAAAACGUUUUACACUGCAGGGCUUCAGUAACCUCAAGAGUCAAAAAGGAUCUUUCCCCCCUAGUCCUGAUCACAAAACUAAAAGACAUGAGAUUAAGAGUGAUCCUACACCGUUUGGCUUCAGAGACGCAGGUCCCCACAUCACUCUUACCCGAGUGAGAUGGAUGAGCACUUCUAGUCUGUUGCAGACUAAAAGGAGAGGCUUCACCAAGGCAUCGCUGUCUAUGGAUGCGUCUGAGGAGAACGACGGUUACUCGAGCGCCGAGGACCCCAUGAACUCUGAUCCUGAGGAUGAGGGAGGGAAGAAGCUGUCUCCAGGCAAGUAUGUGGUAGUCGCUGACCAUGAUAAAAGCGGACCACAGGAACUGACGGUUAAGAGUGGAGACACGGUGGAGCUGGUGAGAGAGGGAGACGAUGGACGCUGGUUUGUACGUAACCUGCGGAGCAAUAAGGAGGGCUGGGUCCCUGCUGCAAACCUGCUCACUCUCAUCAGAGAAUCCAAAUCUUCUCAAUCUCUCUCCAGCUCAGAAGGCAGUGGGUCUGGAAACCUCAGCACAUCGUCCAGCUGCAGUGAAACCUACACAAGCUUCUCAGACAUCAAAGCCUGAAGCCGCUGCUCCAGCUCCUUGUGGCAGCUCCUACACAGUGCACUUUCUACUGAAGCUCCUCGAGCCUUUGUACUGUAUUUAACCUCCUCAGCCGAGAAAGGAAUCGACCUCUGCGGUCAAUAUGCGCUAUUCAGGAUAUUUUAUAUAGAGCGUCACCCUUUCUCAACCAUCUCUCCUUCAUAAGAGAGAGAAAAUGUCUGCUUUUCCCAUUCAAAUUCUCCAUUACUUUGAAAGUAUGGUGUGAUGCUGUUCGUUUCGAAUCUGCAUGCAUUUCCUCAAACAUUAAAAGAGAAAAAGGGUUCUUGGUCGAGUCAGCAUUAACAUCAGAGUAGCCUGCGGUUUAAAAAGUCUUUAAAUAAUACAUAACAAGGACUCUCAUUGGACUUUAAUGUACGACCACAUGAGCUUCCACUGGUUUUAUUGAUCUUGCGUUGAGAAUAUCAGUGUCUUUUUUGGAAUGUCUGCCUUGGUUGGCAUCUAAAGCUCCUGUCUGAUUUGCUGUAGCAGCAAGACAAUGAAAUGUUGUUUUAUACGAUAAAGAUUUUUGAGGUUAUGCCUGGUGAAAAGUCCUGUUAUUCACUGUAUGUAUUCAUCUAAAACAGCUGUAUAGUUUAAAUUAUUUCCUGUAAAAGAUUUGUACAGAUAUUAACUUUUAUCUCAUGUUUUUCAUUAAAACAGUAUAUAUAUAUAAAAAUCUAUACAUAUUGUAUAUUAUGACCACUAUUGUUGUGUGUCAAUGAAUUGUAUUUUGUUGUAUUUGUCACUUUACUGUUCUGCACCAUUCAUGUACAAUUAUUACAAAUUUUCCAGUAACAACAUACCAAUUGUGUUCACAUUUUAUGCAAUCUAUUUUCCUGUACGUCAGCACAGAUUGUUUAAUUUGGUUUGUUCAAAAUGUAAAGUCUGGAAAGUGAUAAAUGGCAUGUUGUAACCAGCACUCAACUUUUGUAAGACUUUAAUUUAAAGGUCAGAACCUUUUGUCAAACAAGUAUUUCUUAAAACUUGUCAAAGUUCAUCUAUAAUCCUAGAAACAGACAGCUGAUUCAAUCAAGGAAUGAAACACCAUGAUGUUUGACCGUUUGAACACCACGGCGUUUCUGUGCUUAAGUGUUCAUGUCCACAUAACUGUACACUGUCUUUUGUUUUAACGUGUUCAGCAAUACAAAAAUCAUUGUUCAUAUCUAUUUAAAUUUUAUGUGGCACAUUGCUGCAUGUAAGUUUUAUCUCUUGUUAGUUUUAUCGUAUUCUCAUUUGACAUUAAAAUAUUUUCCUGUAUUAGACUGGCAUCUGUGUAUAUGUGUAAAUAUGUAUCUAAGAGGUUGUAUGAAAUCAAUGAAUUUAAAGUGCUUAGGCUGAAUAAACUUCACUGAAACAUUCUA